AUGAAGAAAAGGCUCUCCUUGGAAGAAUGUGGAGGACAGAUGAAACUGAUGGACUCGCGAGAGUCGAUUGCAGUCAUCUUAGGGUUUAGCUUCAUUGUUAUCUAUCACCUGACAUUCUUCAAGUCUCAUGAGAAGACAAUCUUCGGGUUCGGUAGGAGAUGGAGAGUGAGGUGGAUGAAUUCCAUGACGUCCGAUGACAAGUACAACCUUCUUUGCGUGCAGAGCAUGCGCAAUGAAAUUCAGGUGGUUACAUGUAUAGGCGACGUUGCCUUCUCGGCGUUGGCGCUCAUCGUGACGGUGUCUACCGCAUUGGACCUCAGCUGCCACCUCCGGGUUCAAUCUCUCCUCUCCUCCUCCUCCUCACUCAUGUGCGGAUACAAGCUGGACAUCCAUCCUCUCACUAAGAUCGGCGUGCUCUGCACCUUCCUGGCAGGCAUCGUGGCAUGCACGUUCCAGGCAUGCGAGCUGCUGAACAGAAUCACUGUCAUCGGUCAGUGCACGUCGACAGACAUCCAGGCGGAUCUCCCUCCUGUUCUGAGCGAGGCAUACUCCGUCUUCAUGUGGCUGACCCAACGGCUCUUGAUCUUCACGUUCCCACAGAUACUCGGCUGGCUCUUCGGGCCCACGUUGCUGUGCGUCACCUCUUUGCUCUGCACGCUCUUCACCUCCAUCUUCGUCGAUAAAAUCUUCCAACGGCGACUCGACAAAGGGAUCCACUGCCACGAGCUGGGGCAGGACAUGCUCGCGUACCCGAGUGGAGAGGCAGACAAGGACAACAAGUCCCCGGAGGCGAGGGGGAAAGGAAAGAGGGGAGGAAGAAGAAGGGAGGUGACGGCGUGGGAGGACAAGCGGCUGCUGCGUCACGACGAGCUGGCGAGUCAAUGA